UUGGGAAGUUGUUUCAGCAAUGUCACUUAGUUAGGUUAUGUGGAGUCACAAAAUUCAAUUUGCCAAAGAAAUGAAUUGGAUAAAUUCAUUAAAAUGGUCAUUAAGAGGGAGUCUCGCUUUAAUUACACCUUCUUUUUCCUAGCUCUGAUCUCUGUGCUUUUCUUAACAGUGGUUGUGCUGACUUCCAGACUGCUUUCACUUGAGCAAAAUGUAAGGACAGAGUACAUAGUAUUAAACAGGGAUAGUUCAAAGGGUGUGGUUUACGAUAAACCUCACAGGUUGGCUGUUCUGGUGCCAUUCAGGGAUAGGUUCGAAGAGCUGCUGGUGUUUGCUCCGUACAUCAGCAACUUCCUAAACGACCAACACAUCAACCAUGAUAUUUUCAUUUUGAACCAGGUCGAUGGGUACAGGUUCAACAGAGCAUCCUUAAUCAAUGUAGGAUAUUUAUUUACCAAGGCUGACUAUGAUUAUGUAGCUAUGCACGACGUCGAUCUACUACCUCUCAAUAAGAACCUCAGCUAUGAUUAUCCCAAAGAGCAGCCUUUCCAUGUGGCAGCCCCACAUCUGCAUCCCAGAUAUCACUACAGCAAAUUCGUAGGAGGAAUUUUAUUGGUUAAGAGGGAACAUUUCCAAUUGGUGAAUGGUAUGUCGAAUAAAUAUUGGGGCUGGGGUUUGGAAGACGACGAGUUUUACGUGCGUCUGAGGGACGCCCAUCUGAAUGUCACGAGACCAACAAACAUCUUGACGGGAAUGAAUGAUACUUUCAAGCAUAUCCACGAUAAGAACCACAGGAAGAGAGACACCGUUAAAUGUUUCAAUCAAAGGGAAGUCACGAGGAAACGGGAUAGGCACACAGGUUUGCACGACGUCAAGUACAAGAUCCUCGCCGUGCACAACCUCACAGUGGAUUCGACUCCGGUGACUGUAGUCAAUAUCCAAUUGACUUGUGAUAAAGCCGUGACGCCGUGGUGCGAUUGCUCGGACAAGAAGUAAUGCACAAGAAAAGAUCAUCAUUUAUUCGAGAUUAUAAUUCUUUUAUAU